GACAAUGAAGCCACUCAACAUUGUUGCAGUUUCAGCUGCACUCCUUCUGGUUAGCAUCCUUACAGCAAGGGCAGAAAAGCAGAGUGCUGUGGAAAAUGAACUGAAGGAAUAUAUGCAAGAUACCCGUGAACUUUCAGAAGAUGCUGAGCAACAUGAUGUCUCAGCUGGUGAUCUGGAGGACUUAGAGAAAGAGAUCAGUGAACUAGCCGGUAACCUUGCACUUAUUGACCUCCUGAAUGACAAGGAACACCUCCUGAAAAAGAAAAGAUAUAGAAGGCCACAGUUUUGGUGGAGAAGAAGGCGGACCUCCAGGAAACCAUCAGCUAAUGCUCAAGGGCUAGCAAAUCAGCAACCAUCUGGUCAGCAGCAGGGGGCAGCAGAUCAGCAACCAUCUGGUCAACAGCAGGGGGCAGCAAAUCAGCAAUCAUCUGGUCAACAGCAGGGAUCAGCAGACCAGCAACCAUCUGGUCAACAGCAGGGGGCAGCAGAUCAGCAAUCAUCUGGUCAACAGCAGGGAUCAGCAGUCCAGCAACCAUCUGGUCAACAGCAGGGGGCAGCAGAUCAGCAAUCAUCUGGUCAACAGCAGUCCGCAGGCCAGCAACAGGCAGCAACAAGCUAAUCGCCUCGCUCUUCUAAACCAUUGUAUCUGGUCUAAAGAAAUAAAUCACUGGAGAGCUGCACUUCAAAUCAACUUCCCUUUCUUCAUCAUUCUGUCGUUUGCAUCUUCUGUAUUGUAUCACAAAUAAAUUGCUUUACAGUGAAAUAAAUAAUGAAUGCUGACAA